UGACGCAGCGCCCAAGGCAGGAUGGAACCUCCCGAGCCAGACGCUCCCAACGCCUCCUUCUACCAGCCUUCCGUGCUCCUCCUGACGGGCAUCCCUGGAAUGAGCAGGAGCCACCAUAGACUCGUCUCCAUCCCCUUCUGCUUGCUUUACCUUGUGGCCCUCUUGGGGAACUGCAUCAUCCUGUUCAUCAUUGGCAGAACGACCAGUCUCCAUGAGCCCAUGUAUUACUUCCUCUCCAUGUUGGCCCUCAUGGACCUGGGCCUGGUCCUGUGCACCCUCCCGACCACGCUAGGCAUCUUCUGGUUCGAUGUCAGGGCGAUUGGCUUUGAUGCCUGCCUCACCCAGAUGUAUUUCAUCCAUGUCGUCUCCAUGCUGGAAUCCUCAGUGCUGCUGGCCAUGGCCUUUGACCGCUUUGUGGCCAUCUCACGCCCCCUGAGGUACAAAGCCAUCUUGACCAAGCCAACCAUUGUCAAGAUAGGCCUGGCCAUGUUGCUGAGGGCAGCCGUCUCCCUGCUCCCGAUCCCUUUUCUGCUCAGGAGGCUGACGUACUGCAGCGACAACAGCCUCUCCCACUCCUUUUGCUUGCAUCCUGACAUCAUGAAGCUGGCCUGCAAAGACGUUGACAUCAGCGUCAACGUUCUGUACGGCUUAAUCAUCAUUCUUUCAACAGCUGGCAUAGAUUCGCUCCUCAUUGUGCUGUCUUAUUUCCUGAUCAUCAAGACUGUCAUCAAGGUGGGUCCCAAGGGGAAGUGCCUGAAGGCUUUGAAUACCUGUGUCUCUCACAUCUGUGCGGUCCUCAUUUUUUUCAUCCCCAUGAUUGGCCUAUCCAUCAUCCAUCGAUUUGGCAAUGGUGUGGACCCGCUUGUAAAAGCCAUGGUUGCCUACGUCUACCUGAUCGUGCCCCCCGCUUUGAACCCUAUCAUUUACAGUAUUAAAUCCAAGCAGAUCUGGAAAGCCAUCUGGAAGCUGUUGCUUUGGAAGACGGUCCCUCUUUGAAAUGGAGCGGAGAGGUCAAGCAGUAACUGUUUCAGUUCAGUUCAGCCGUU